CCUCAACUCAUAUAUAUACUCAUAUAUAUGCUCAUAACUCUCUCCAUUAAAAACUACUUGAUCACAAAAUUCUCUCAUAAAACAAAAUCACAAACUACAUUCUUAAUCUUCGAUUACAUCUUCUCGUAGCAUUUUUUGAAGGCGCUAUUACCAUUUGCAGUAGAGAUAACUUUUUUGAUAGUUUGGAAAUUACCGCGUUCAAUUCAGGGAAACAAGAGACCACAUUUGAAUAAUUACCUGCUGGUUGUCGUGCUUGCAUACUUUAACUCUACAUGGAAAAUUUGGCAGUGCUGGAAGCAUUGUGUGAGGGACUUUACAGCUCACACGACUCAGCCGAGCGAGCUAAUGCUGAGAACAUGUUCAAGCAGUUCUUUCAGGAUCCCAACUUCAUUUCGCAGUUGGAAUACGUACUUGAAAAUGCAAAAAAUCCAUAUGCUGUUUAUUUUGCUAGUUCAAGCUUGUUGAAGCAUGUCACUGAUAAUAAUCCUCCUUCGCAGCUACAGCUUCAAAUUCGCAACCGUGUUAUAAACUAUCUGGCCACUAGAAGUGCUGAUUUGGAGAAUUUUGUAACGACUUCAUUGAUUCAACUUGUAUGUCGAUUGACAAAAAUUGGUUGGUUUGGUGAUGGUAAAUUUCAAGAGUUCAUUAGUGAUUCUGUGAAGUUCUUGAAUGAGCCUGAAUCCUCUUGUUAUGCAAUCGGUUUGAAGAUGUUGAACCAGCUUGUGAGUGAGAUGAAUCAGCAAACUCCAGGAUUUUCUGUAAUACAACAUCGGAAGGUGUCAACCAAGUUCAUAGAUCAGGCACUUCUUGAAAUUUAUUCAAUAUCCGUUACAUCAUUGAUUGGAGUAAUAAAUAAUGCUCAACAGAAGUUGCAGGAGUUGGCUCUUUCACUUUCUCUGCAAUGUUUAUCUUUUGAUUUUAUGGAAACGUCAGAUAAUGGAAGUUCGGAUGAUGUUAGUGCAAUUCAGAUAUAUUUUAACUAUUAUGACUAUCAUGCUGGCACCAGUCCUCCUGUUUCAAAAUUAGCUUUGGAGUGUCUUGGACGCUUGACACUGGUUAGAAGAUCCUUGUUUACAAGCUAUGGCACACGUGGGGAGUUCUUAACUGCAUUGAUGAUGGGCACUAAGUAUAUCAUGCAAACAGAAUAUGGCUUGCACAACCAAGAUUCAGAAUCAAUUAAUAUGUAUAGCAAGGUCGAUAUUAAUGAAGAAAGAAAGAAGAUACUGAUCGAAUUGCAAGAGGAGUUAUUAGAAGAGCCGAAACUCUAUUGUUCUCUAUUUGGAGGUGAUUAUGAAUUUGAGAAAGACACAAUAGUUCAAUUAUGGAUGGCUGGAGGGUUUUUGAACAAUGUGCAGAUUGAAGAAGGCUUUUUAAAGAGAUCCGACAUGGAUGGGGAGCUUAUGAAGCAGAUGCAAAUGGAAGAUGCUGGUAACUUAUGUUUUGAGAUUCUUGAGAAGCAUGAGUACCUCUUACCUUCAAGACUUGACAUUUCAUCAGGGAAAAUGAUGUACAAAAGUAACCCUGACAAAACUGAGGCUUCUUUCGUUGAGACGCAAAGUCAUGAUCUUUAUUCCCAAUUGAUCAAAGAACAAAGUUCAGAUUGUGCUCCACCUAUAAAGUCUCGCCAUGUCUCAGUGUUGGUUGAUCGUAUCAAUGAAACAACUUUCACGACAUUAAAAAAAAUUGAUGGAUUGAGGACACUUCUAUUCCUCCGUAAUUACGGUUCUUCACUCAAACAGAUACCAUCUGGAGUUUUUUUAGCUCUUAAAUCUUUGCAAGCAUUGGAUUUGAGUGGAAGUGAGAUAACUCAGCUGCCAAGCUCCAUACAGUAUUUGACACUGCUACGCUAUCUUGAUCUUUCAUACACACCAAUUGAAAGGUUACCGGAUUCUAUAGGUUGCCUUCACGAGCUACAAACCUUGAAACUUAAAGGAUGCAAACAUCUUUGUGAGCUUCCCAAAGGUAUGGGAAAAUUAACCAACCUUCGCCAUUUGUACUUUGAUGUUCUUGGCCAGUUGAGUUACAUGCCUAGAAGCUUAGGAGCCCUUACUGAGCUUCGCACCCUUUCGGCAUUUCUUGUGGACGAUAGAGAUGGUUGCAACAUUAACGAGUUGAAGGGUUUGAAUAACCUCAGUGGUUUCUUUUGCCUCUCCGGAUUGGAGAAUGUACCUUCAGACUCGGUUGAUGAUGGUCUUUUAAGGGAUAAAAAGGGCCUUACUCAGUUGCAUUUAAGAUGGGAUCGUCUUAGAGAUAAAAAUUAUGGUGACCACACUCAAGUAAUUCAAAAGCUCCAGCCUCACUCAUGCUUACAGGAGUUGGAGAUGUAUUGUUACCCUGGCUCCCAGCUCCCAAUUUGGAUGGGCAAGAAAUACGAGCUCGAGAAGCUUGUUCGUAUUGUCCUAUUUGAAUGUGAAAACAAUGAGCUCGACAUAUCUCUUGGAGCGCUACCGAAUCUCGAGUAUCUUGAAAUUGUUCAAAUGAAUAAUGUGUCGAAGAUCGAUAAUAAUGUUCUACGUGGAGAUGAUAAUGUUGCAUUUCCUAAGUUGGAGACGCUAAUUAUUGACGGUAUGUCUAGUUUGGAAGGAUGGGAACGAACAAAAAGUUGUGAUUUUCCAGCCCUUUCUACGCUCGUGAUCAAGCAAUGUCCAAAGUUGGCUACACUUCCAUUCCUCCCAUACCUGCAUUGCUUGAAACAUGCGGAGAUAAGCCGUUGCGAAAUUUUUGAAUCAGUACCCCAUACUACGAAAGAGACUCUGAUUAUCAAUCGUUGUUCGAUUUUAGAGAAGAGCUGCUCAAAGGGAAGUACAGAUUGGGAGAGUAUACGGAAAGUGCCCAAUAUCUGGAUUAAUCAUGAAGAUCCCCGCACAUUGAAUGAAGACGAUACACAGAAUGAUAGCGAGGGUACAGGCAGCAACUCCGACUAUUCUGAUGAUUCUGAUUUAGGCGAAGACCAAGUUGAUCGAAAGGAUAACGGACAAACAUCAGAUGCUGAGUUGCAAAGGGAUACUAGUGUGGAAUAAUAUUAUAUCUCGAGCUAUGAGUUUACUUAUGUUUAUCUUGCUUUAUAUAGGAACUCUCUUGGUUUUACCUUACUCAUAAAGUAAGGGUUUUACAAGUGAGAUUUCUUAACAAUAAUGUUCAAACUUGCCUUUAGAUGUUUUGAACCUUUAAAUAGUAUCAAUUUGUAAGAGUUAUUAUUGGAUGAGUUUAGCUCUUUAUUUAAUUAUCUAAAUCAGUGUGUAACUGAAAUGAUACUUCGAGUUUUUACUUUGAAUAAUACUUUUAUGUUCUUCAUCAAAAUAUGUA